AUGGGAGAUUCUGUUACAAGCGAACACAGUAAAAAAUUCGAGGGCCUAGGAGGCACUGUAAUGAAUAAAGAGUCGGAACUAGACCCUGCUCGUGAUACGUUCACAGGAGCCAAGGUAAAAAGCAAAGAGGAUCUUCAAGAUCCAAAGUAUAAUAUGUAUACACACACCGUAGUGGUAAAGAAAACACCUACUAGAGAAUUCGAAAACUUUCAACUAAUGGAUAGUGAUACGCCAGUAUGUCACCUGGUAUACGAAUCAGUAGAUAAUGGUUCGUUUUACCUGCAGUGGAAGGAGAAUUCAAAGGAACAAGUCGAAAAGUCAGUUAUGAUGAUGGUUCCAACGAAAGCUGUUCAAAAAUUUAAGCUUACAAGUGAGGGAGGAAGGAGCCUUCUAAGCUACAAAGUUGCACCUGAUAAGAACAAGUAUUAUUCGUAUAUUUGCCAGUUUCUGAAACUUGCCAAGGACUACAACUCAAAAAUCCAACUAAUGCCGGGAUGGAACACAGUUUUACCUUACAAGUGUGACCUAUACCUACACUACGAAGAUAACAAGGUAGCAAAGGUUGAGUGUGAUCAUCCUGAACUUGAUAAUGUAAAAUGUGUAGCAGUAGUAGGAACCAGCACAAAGUUAUCGACAAAAAUGACGAGGGAACAAUUGAUAGCGGCUGUAAGAAACAAGGGUUAUGCUCUAACAUUCUAA